AUGUUCUCCAGAUUAUCAAGAUCUCACUCCAAAGCACUACCGAUUGCUCUAGGUACCGCUGCUAUAGCAGCUGCAACUGCAUUCUAUUUUGCCAACCGUAAUCAACACUCCUUUGUUUUUAAUGAAUCAAACAAAGUGUUCAAGGGUGACGACAAAUGGAUCGACUUGCCAAUAUCCAAGAUUGAGGAAGAAUCCCAUGAUACCAGAAGGUUUACUUUCAAGCUACCUACUGAAGACUCAGAAAUGGGUUUGGUUCUAGCAUCUGCUUUGUUCGCCAAGUUUGUCACGCCAAAAGGUUCUAAUGUGGUUAGGCCAUAUACUCCUGUGAGUGACCUUUCCCAAAAAGGCCACUUCCAGUUGGUCAUUAAGCAUUAUGAUGGCGGUAAGAUGAGCUCACAUCUAUUUGGUCUGAAGCCAAACGAUACCGUUUCUUUUAAAGGGCCUAUCAUGAAAUGGAAGUGGCAACAAAACCAAUUCAAGUCAAUCACGUUAUUGGGUGCAGGCACAGGUAUCACCCCCUUGUACCAAUUAGCUCACCAUAUAGUUGAAAACCCCAAUGAUAAGACCAAAGUUAACUUAUUAUACGGGAAUAAGACGCCUCAAGAUAUUUUGCUAAAGAAGGAGUUAGAUGCUUUGAAGGAGAACCAUCCCGAUAAGUUCGAGGUUACUUACUUUGUUGAUGACAAGCAAGAAGUUCAAGAGUUUGAUGGUGAAGUUGGUUUCAUUUCCAAAGAUUUCAUUCAAGAGAAUGUUCCAGGUCCAAAGGAGGACACACAUUUGUUUAUCUGCGGUCCACCACCAUUCAUGAAUGCUUACUCAGGUGAAAAGAAAUCACCCAAAGACCAAGGCGAGCUGAUUGGUAUCUUGAACAAUUUAGGCUACUCUAAGGAUCAAGUUUUCAAGUUUUAA